UAUUCAUUACUAAGAAGAUGAGAACUCGCAUCAGCUUUCCUCGACAACGUUUUACGCACAAAGAAAAAGACGGCGUUGGAGUUUCUAUCUAGAAAGAGGAAGAACCCUCUCUCUCUCUCUCUCUCUCUCUCUCCCCAAUAAUUUUUUUUUUUCCUUUUUUUACGUUUUGGUUCAUCCAAUAGUUUCCAUAUUUUACCCGAUUUAGUCGAAGUUGGCGAAAUCCCCAUCUGGGUUUUCCUCUUUGGAUUGGUUAGGGUCCAUAAAGAUCUAAUUUUUGGGGAAAAUUUUUCCGGAAUUCGAUUUUGUUGGGGGAAUUGGGGGUGGGUGCUGUUGAUUUAGGAACUGAGUUGAUUGGUUUUGAAUGGUGGGUAUUUAAGGAGAGGUUUUGGUUCAUCUGGGAUUGAUCUUAGUAUGGCCGGAGAGGAUUCAAUUGAGGUAAAAUUUAGGCUUUUUGAUGGGACUGAUAUUGGGCCCAGUAAAUAUGAUCCUUCAACAACUGUGGCGUCUCUCAAGGAAAUCAUAUUAGCUCGGUGGCCACAAGACAAGGAAAUUGCUCCGAAAACCAUAAAUGAUCUGAAACUGAUCAAUGCUGGGAGAAUAUUAGAAAACAACCGGACUCUCGCCGAGUCUAGAGUACUAGUUGGAGAGGUUCCUGGAGGUGUAAUCACUAUGCAUGUCGUGGUGCGCCCUCCCCAAUUUGACAAAAACAACGCGAAACAGCCGACAAAAACCCCUAGGCAGAACAGAUGUCAAUGCACCAUUCUGUGACGCGUGAUAAACAAUUUAAUAAAGCAAGCACUUUCGUUCGCUGCUUGGAACUAUCAGUGGAUCUGUUGUGUCCGCAGGAGGCGCGAAUGCCCUUUUGAACUCAUCUUUACUGGUCCUCAAGGCCUCUAAAUUAGUUUUCGGAGUUCUCUUUCGCAAGAAUGCGUUCUUUCAUGCUUCUGGAGCUAAGACUUCAAUUCGUUGUGCAGUGCGAAUUUGUUAUUUGUGGCUGUAUAAAAUGUAAUGCGCAAACACUUUUUUUUUUUUUUGGUGUUUCCUACGACGCUGAAUGACACAAUGAUUGGAAUUAUUCUUUCUCGAAAAUUGGUUUUCAGUGUCAGAAGCUGCUGCUGUAUGUUAGCUGUGUGUAGCAGCAAUUGGUAGCAUAAAUAUGUGUUCAGGGAAAAGGAGUUGCUGCUGUGCUUAAGGUAACUUGGAUUCUUGUUUGCACUGAUUAUAAAGCUGGUUUUCUAGAGACAAGUCUGGAUUAAUAUGAAGGUUUAUCGCUGAGGCCACUUUCAGAUCAGACAGUGGGCAGACUGGGCAAUAAUUUGAGUGACAUUAUUAACAGGUUUUAUUGCUGACAUUGAGAUUCGCCGCUGAUCGAAUUUAACCGGAUUCAAUAUGAGCCUAAAAAACCUCUAAAUUUUACACUCUAGACUUUUAUGUAAUGUAACUAGAAUUCAUUCAUUAGUGGCUUUGAUAAUGUCAUUUUCUGGACUCUUGUUGAAUCCAUUAUUGGGAAAAUCGAAAUGUAGGAUCUUGGAA